CCCUCCCUCCCUCCGUCCCUCGGCUCCUCUCCCAUCCUUCUCGCGUUCCCCUCCCGUGCCACCCGCCGCCGCGCCGCUCUCCCCCCUCCCCCGGUCCCUCGCCGCUGCCUCCUGUCUGUGCCAUGGAUGGCGUGGAUCUGACGAGCUUCUUUCUUCUGGUAUCACUAACGGGCCUUUUACCAUGAGCAAUUCUACUCCAGCUACAGCUAAUGGGAAUGACAACAAGAAAUUUAAAGGAGACAGAUCUCCCUGCUCCCCUUCUCGUGUCCUUCAUCUUCGUAAAAUUCCAAAUGAUGUCACUGAAGCAGAGGUCAUUUCAUUAGGUCUCCCUUUUGGCAAAGUAACCAAUCUCUUGAUGUUAAAAGGAAAAAGCCAGGCUUUCUUGGAAAUGGCUUCCGAAGAAGCUGCUGUUACAAUGGUGAACUACUACACUCCUGUUACACCUCACCUCCGCAGUCAGCCUGUUUAUAUUCAGUAUUCCAAUCACAGAGAACUGAAGACUGACAAUCUGCCUAAUCAGGCUAGAACCCAAGCUGCGUUGCAAGCAGUGAAUGCUGUGCAGUCUGGAGCCCUAGCCCUUACAGGUGCUCCUGCUACUGAGGGUGGACUCCUUCCAGGUCAAAGUUCUGUUCUCCGAAUUAUUGUUGAAAACCUUUUCUACCCUGUCACUUUGGAAGUGCUGUAUCAGAUUUUCUCCAAGUUUGGAACUGUCUUGAAGAUUAUCACCUUCACAAAGAACAAUCAGUUUCAGGCCUUGCUUCAGUAUGCUGAUCCAAUGAAUGCACAUUAUGCCAAAAUGGCUUUGGAUGGCCAGAAUAUCUACAAUGCAUGCUGCACUCUGCGUAUUGACUUCUCCAAGUUAACAAGCCUUAAUGUAAAAUACAACAAUGACAAAAGCAGAGACUUCACUCGCCUUGACCUUCCUUCUGGCGAUGGCCAGCCCUCCCUUGACCCCAACAUGGCUGCUGCUUUUGGCACCCCAGGAAUAAUCUCUUCACCAUAUGCCGGGGCUGCUGGAUUUGCCCCAGCCAUUGGCUUUCAUCAAGCUGCAGGUCUUUCAGUCCCAUCUCUUCCUGGAGCACUUGGUCCUCUCGCAAUCACCACCUCUGCAGUGACUGGACGGAUGGCUAUUCCUGGAGUUGCUGGUGUUCCAGGAAAUUCUGUUUUGCUUGUCAGCAACCUCAAUCCUGAUGCUAUCACACCUCAUGGGCUCUUUAUCCUAUUUGGUGUCUAUGGUGAUGUACAUCGAGUAAAGAUCAUGUUUAACAAAAAAGAAAAUGCUUUGGUUCAGAUGGCAGAUGCAACCCAGGCUCAACUAGCCAUGAGCCACUUAAAUGGGCAGAGACUUUAUGGAAAGGUGCUCCGUGCAACUCUUUCAAAGCAUCAAACUGUUCAGCUUCCUCGUGAGGGACAAGAGGACCAAGGUCUGACUAAGGACUAUAGCAAUAGCCCUUUACAUCGCUUUAAGAAGCCUGGAUCUAAAAACUUCCUAAAUAUCUUCCCUCCAUCUGCUACUCUGCAUCUCUCCAACAUUCCACCUUCAGUUACUGUUGAUGACCUGAAGAACCUUUUUGCAGAUACUGGAUGUACUGUGAAAGCCUUCAAAUUCUUCCAGAAAGAUCGGAAAAUGGCUCUCAUCCAGUUGGGCACUGUGGAAGAAGCAAUCCAGGCUCUCAUUGAGCUUCAUAAUCAUGACCUUGGGGAAAACCAUCACCUCAGAGUUUCUUUCUCCAAAUCUACAAUCUGACUUUUCUGUGAACUUUCCUAUUAAGACUGCACCACACUUUCAGUAAAACCUUCAGACAGAGACUGAAACAGCUAAGACCAACUCUUGCCUCUUAAAAAAAGAAAAAAGAAAAGAAAAACUCAUGCUGAGUUUUAUGUUCAUGUGUAUUCGUGUACACAGUAAAGAAUCAAGGGAUGAUCUUUUCAUUUGUUUUCUGCCAGUAAUGUGGUCAUAGGUUUAAUAUUCCUCCAGAAACAGUUUCUUCUAUGGAAUUAAUCUUUAGCAACAAUAUUUAUAGUCAAAUUCCCUCCUUUGAAUUAUAUUUCAGGAACACCCUUUUAGUUUUUGUUCCAAAUUAGCCUUACACAACAUUUCCAAGCCUCUUUAAAAUAUACCAUUGAAAGAAUGCUUCAGAUGAAAUACUAAAUCUACUCCUCUGUACGGAUUAAACACUAAUUUAAAUGUGAAAGAGUGCUUGAGUUUCUCAAUGAAAAGCAAGCUUAUACAAUGAAUAUCUAUUGAACAAUAUUUAUUUUAUUGAAUGGUAUAUCCAUAUUUUGGCUGAUCUUUCUGAAUAGCUUAUGCAUUUUUUAAAAAUCUGCAAUUGUUUGUGGAGGUGAAAUUAUUGGAGGAAAGGCAGUGCCUUGUCUCUCCCUGGAGUAAAGUAAAAUCAAAAUAAAUGAGAUCUUUUGAAAUGUGGUAUCAUUGACACUUGUAGCUAGGAAUAGAAUUAUGGAAUGAAAGCUUCAGAUUUUUGAGUUUUUUACCAUGAAAUGAUGUUGUGUAAUAUAACUUUGGAGCAAUUGCAAGGAGAAAAUAGUCCUGAUUUCACACAGUUUUUAACAUUUCUUUUCAGAAAAAAAAUGUUUACAGUCUUAAGGAAAAUAUUCAGGUCUAUCAUAUGGUUUGACAAAUUUUUAAAAAGUUAUUUUUGGUAAGGUCGUCUUUAGAAAAAAAAAAUUAACCUCAAGGGUUUUUUGUACCACUAUAAUCUCUAAUACUUAAAUCAGAAUUACUGUGUAUUUACUUAAUUUCUUAUUAUGUGCCUUAUUAUGUGCUUAUGAUACAAUAGCUUAGAGUUUUAUCUAAAGUAUCUUGAAAACUGUAUUGUGGGCUUGGUGAGAGAUUUUUUUCUUGAUCGAUUAGUUUUUAAGUGUUUUCAUUGUGAUUUUAAAAAUGUUUUUUCAAUAAGUAAUAGUCUGAAUUCAAAUUUUUGGUGCUUUGGUGUAGAGAUGGGGAGGUGGGAAGAAGGAUAACUCAGUGCACAUCCUGUAGGCCUCUUCAAAUUUACCUGGUUACAGUUGGCUGACACCAAUAUUUGGCUGUAAAAAAUUAAUUCCAGUUUCUGGAUCUUAUCUAAUGUUUCAUAAUAUUUUGUCUCAGGAUUCCUUUUUUCCCCUCAGUACUGAGUUUACAGUACUAAAAGGUUGACUUGCUUUCCUUCAUAAAUAUCAUAACUUCAAUACUGAAUGUCCACUUCUGUUUGGAGAGCAAGUUGAGAUGCAAUUCUUACUAUUUUUGUUGAAUGUAGGUAUAAAUUUUAAAGUUAUUUCUAUGAUUGUAUUAAACAAUAUUAAUUUUUUUAUAAAAAGAAAUAUCCUUUUUAGAAGUUAUGUCCGCAGAAAUUUGAUCGAGUUUUUAAAGAACUGUUCCUCUCAAACAUAAAUGGUUGUUUAUUUCUGCUUUUGUAACUGCUAUGAAAGUAGAAAAGAUGUAAAGUUUUUCUGCUGUAAUGGUCUGUGGCACUCAUUCAUCUUGGUUUUUCAUUAAAUCUAUAUUUUCUUUCCCUAAUCCCAGUUGAGGAUUGUCAGACAGGGACAAUUCUGCAAAUUUAUAGAUCCACACUUAUAGGAGGAUGAUGGUCUCUGUAGCAAAAACUGAGUAACCAUCCUGACACAGAAGUAAGAUACAUUGUUUCAAAAAUUUCUGUAGAAUGAUAGGAUUAGGAGCAGGUUAUUGACUUGGCUUCCUACGUUAUAUUGCUUUUUAUGUAGUACAGUAGGCUGAUCAGAAUGAUGAAGUUGGCAAAACUCUAUACAUUUUAUUGUAAUAUAAACAUUGUUUGACAGCAGGUAUGUCUAUCGAGAUAGAUGUGUAUAUUGCGUAGGAGGUGUGCACACAAUGAGUAAAUAUUUUCAAAUAUAUUUAUUUACUGAAAGAUGUAAAGAGACAAGGGAGAAGUAUGAGGAGUAAUUUUUGGCAUUUGUGAUCAUCUCUCUGGCCACCUUCAAGUAGCUGAUCCCAUGUGGGAAAACUUCAAGCUAGUUUCUUCAUAAUUCACAAAAAUGUGUGGGAUUCCUUGGUUCCACAACAUUAUCUUAAAAUAAAACACUGCAUUAGGUUGAUUUUUCUAGUAGAACCUAGCACCCUUCAUUUUCAGGUAGGCCCUGCUUCAGCAAGGUAUUUUAACACAUUUUGCAUCACAAGUAGUUUCACUGAUGUCAGUGGGACUAUUCUUAGGGCUUUCAGACACGUGUACCUUGAUGAAUUGGGCCAUAAUGAAUAUGCUCCUUAUUGCACUUGUUGAUGACAUCUACAUAAUUUAUUAAAACAUUGCCCAUGUAACUUGGCCAACACUGGUGAUUUUUUUUUUUUUUUUUUAAGAAUUGCUGCUACCAGGGAAAGGAAUUAUACUGGAGAUGAAUGUAAUUGAAGCCAGGAAAAGCAACCUUUUAAGUUUGAGUACUAGUAUUGGCAUGUAUAAUAAUGAGUGGCGUGAGUGAGUAUACUGUGUGUAUAAUAUGCUGUGUGUGUAUACAAAUAUGCACAUGACAUGCGUUUUAAUUUAUUGACCCUAUAACAGAAGGUGGGAAUGCUUGAACUAAUCUGAAAAGAUGAGGGAUUUUUGGUGUGGUAUUAAAAAUGGAAGAACAUGUUUAACUUUAAAAAUGUAGCUACGCUUAGUAUAUGGAUAAAGUCAGUUCUGGACUAUUUGCAGUUUGAAUUGUAGAGGCCUACAGCUUACAUGUUGGCACAGAUUUCUGAUGUUUUGUUUCUUUAAAAGAAAAAAUCUGGAGGGUGGAUAUUUCUAUAUUCAGUGUGCUUUUGUUUUGUCAUACAUUUAUCCUGUAUUUUCAGUCAUUCGUUUUUGCUGUUGAUCUGUAGUGUUAUCCCUAUCAACUUAUUUUUAGGUUUGUGUACUUGUUAAAGAUUAUGUCUCUGUGGGAGGACUCUUUUACAUAAGGUGCAGACAUAUCACAAAUUUAAAAAAUAGCAGUACAUUUUAAUUUGUUUGCUUUUAAAUUCAGAGUUCUGGUUAAAGCUCUAUCAAAUUUAUUUUGUUUCCUUGUAUAUUUCCAAACAAACAAAAAUAGUCUCUCGUUUAGUAAGAUAUUUCUUUAGGGAGAGAUCAGGCCAAAAUUGAGAAAUUUAUCUACAAACCUAAGUCCUUAAUUUGACAAGGAGCAGAUCUAGGGUUGCCAAUUUUGGUUGGACAUAUUCCUGGAGGUUUCAUCACAUGAUAUACUUUUUAAUUAAAGAUCAAUCUUGAAUUCCUGGAGACUCCAGGACAAUCCUGAAAGGUUGGCAACCCUAAGUAGCUCUGUGUAGGCAGACCGCUGGCAUAGAUGCAGAGUUCCCUGCAUGAUCAAGGCUUACGAGAGAUUGUGAUCUUUGAAAUAUAGACUCUUUUAAAUCCAAAAGUUCUAAUGCAGAAUAUUCAAAUUUAUUUUUAUUGGUCAGAUCCUGAAUACACGUACCAAAAACAUUCAGAAGCAGAAUUUUGUUUUUCCAUUUUUGUUUAAACACAAAGAAAUUUUAAUAAGUAAAGGCCAUACUGCAGGAACUAACCAGAACAAAACUUCUCCACCUAUGGUGUUGUGUUCAGAGUGCUUAGAGUAUGUUUUCUGCCAGUCCGAAUAUUUUGUAAAUUAGCUGAACCUCACAGAAACUUCUGAAACUUUUAAAGUUUUAAAAUUGUUAUGCUUUUUCUUAAUUUGACUUUAUCUUGUACAUUUGCCCCCUUGGUAGCACUAUUCCUUGUGCACUGAGUCCCAUUCUUUGCCUACAUGUUGAAAAGGUCACCUUCUAAGGAGAGUUGCCUACCUGGCAUUUCCUAUUCUUCAGAUUGAAAACAUCUGUUUAUGUGAAAAAGUAAAUACUUGCUGCACUUGGAAAAAAUAUACCAGUUUGGAGUUUGUAUGAUCAAUAAGUCCAUUCCUUCUGCUACACAUUUAAUUAGACAGAAGGAUGUGUGGAGCUUUCUUCUAAGAGUCUCUGAGACUUGCUGUUUUAUCUUCUGGUAUUCCUACUAACAUGUACUGCUAUUUUUUAAACUAGAAAGAAAGAAAGUGCAACUGCAUUUAAAGCCAUUUUUGUUUGCCUUUACCUUUUGUCUUGGUCUGUUAACGAGAGCAAAACUGCCAGACUUAAAAUAUUUUAUUAUUGUGCUGAAACAAAGCAUUUGAGAUUGCACAGGGCUUUUUCUUUAAAUGAACUUUAACUCCUAUUGUAGUCUAAAGAUCUGUGUGUUAUAUACAAGACUGUUCUCAAUCUUUUUUCAGAGCAAAUUGUAACCAUUAGGAAUUGUGAAUUAUUUCAGAAUAAUUGAAAAUUUCUAAAAUACUUAAUUUCAGGGUUUUACGGAGGAAAAAACCAAAAUGGGACCAAAGUUUAUGUGCCUUCAAUAGUCUUAAUUGAAGUUUUUUUUCUUAUCUAUUUCCGUCUUAAGUGGAAUCAAUACUCUUGUUUUCAGGAAAAUGUGUAUUUAUAUAGUUAAAAAUGAAUGUUGUCCCACUGAUUGCAUGUAUGGACAAUUAAUUGCAACUGUUUCAAUAAGGUUUCAGUUAUCCCUCUCCCUUUACCAUUGCAAUAUUCAUUGUAUGCAGGAAUCCAAAAAUAAUCUGCUUGUGGUGGUGAUGACAACUUGUACCCAGAGAAGCCCCUGAGAAAUGGGGAUGCUUGUGUAGUUGAAAGCCCUUGAUAAUAUCAUAGGUAAAGGAAAGCUUGUACCUUAGCAAGCUAAUAUCAGCACCGUAAACAGUUUUUCAGUUCUUGGAUCUCUGCACAGUAUGUGUGGUAUUAGUGGAAGUCUAAUCACCUACAUAUUAAUGAUUAGUCUUUUCAACCACAUUCAAAUUCUUUUUGGUAUGUUACUCAGUUUCUGCAGAAGUUCAUCCCAGACCCACAACAGCACAAGUCAUAAAAGUUGCUGACCAAGCAAAUUCUUGCAUCAGAAUGUCACCUCAUUGCUCUGACCAAAGACUGUCUGUUCUGGUUUUACUGAGACAUUUUGUGAAAACUUGUCUUUUCUUUCAAGCUCCUCUCUGAAACAAGACCCAGUGCAAAGUGACCUUUUAUUUGAAUCUACUAUUGGUGAAUGGACCACUUAGUGGAAAAUGGGAUUUUAAUGUGAACCAAAUGGUGUGGGAUAAGGCAAGGGGUUAAUGGACUAUUUUUAGUACUGUAUUCAAGAAAAAAUAGCUCGGAGUCACACUCAUUCGCUCAUUUUACAUGAUCUGUUCAAAAAGAUCCCUUUUUCAGCUUGUAAGAAUGUUCAUCUAACACAAGAAAAUGCUGUAAAUAUUUGUAACAACUUUUUUUACCUGGCAAAAAAGGUUUUUGGGAACAAGUUAAAGUAUAAAAAUGGUUUUUAUAUAAACAUCAAUUGUCUUGUAUAUUUUGAUAUGCAACAGUACCAGCUUUCAUUUGUAAAGCAGCUUGUGGCAUUGGAGGAAAAGGAUUCCAUGUCUGUUGAGAUGACUUAUGUUAUAAAUGCAAAGAAGAUGAAAUAUUAAAAAACCUAUUUUCUAA